CCCAGCGGAAAUAAUGACGUCACUAUCAGCAAUCCGACAAGGCGAGGGGCGAAUACCAGUGGAGUGAUACAUCGGGACGAGACGGUCGGCGUGUCAGUGUCCUGUUUAAUGCUACCAGUUUCCUACAAAGUAUUGUUACGUUUUGCGCGAAUCGGUUGCUGUUAGCGGCGAGAAGCAAUCGUAGAGGCCCUUUUUUUCUACCCUUUUCAUGCAGAGUAAACAUUAAUACGGCAAAUAUGUCUGACCACUUUGGGCCGAUUACUUUGAAAUGGGAUCCCAAGAACUUGGAAAUCCGUACCAUGUCAGUAGAAAAGACCUUGGAGCCACUUGUACUCCAAGUUACCACGUUGGUAAAUACCAAGGGUCCCAGCAAAAAGAAGAAAGGAAAAUCGAAGAGGGCUAGCGCACUUGUCGGGACCGUAGAGAAGGCGACUACUAAUUUCAUUGAGAAAGGCGAAAAGAUCGCCUAUGAAAAUCCGGAUAUUACAGCAGAGAUGUUAAGCGCUGUGGAGGAAGUGAGGAAGACGGGUGCAGCUAUGAGCAUUGCUGCCAGAGAAUUCUCCGAGGAUCCAUGUUCGUCGCUGAAGCGAGGCAACAUGGUUCGCGCUGCAAGGAACUUACUGUCAGCGGUGACGCGUUUGCUCAUCCUGGCGGACAUGGUGGAUGUUCACCUGCUCCUGAAAUCGUUGUACGUCGUGGAGGAUGAUCUGAAGAAGCUGAAGAAUGCCUCCUCCCAGGGCGAGUUACUUCAGAACAUCAAGGAAUUCGGCAGGAACGCUGCCGAGUUGAUACACCAGGCAGCUAAGCGUCAGCACGAGCUGAAGGAUCCGCAGCUGCGGGACGAUCUAGCGGCUGCACGUGCCGUUCUGAAGAAACACUCGACUAUGUUGCUCACUGCGUCGAAGGUGUUCGUGCAGCAUCCAGACCUGGCGGCGGCCAAGGCGAAUCGUGAUUACGUGUUGAAGCAGGUGUGCGAGGCGGUGAAUACGAUAAACGACGUUGCUCAAGGAAAAGCGCCAUCUGACAGCCAGCAUCCCUACGACGGGCCAGGCGAAUUGGCCGCCGCGUUGGACGACUUCGAUGAGAGAAUGGUGAUGUCGCCGUUGGCGUACAAUGAGGUCCGUACGCGGCCAAGCCUCGAGGAGAGAUUGGAGAGCAUCAUCAGCGGAGCUGCGUUGAUGGCGGAUUCGUCGUGCACUCGGGACGAGCGCAGGGAACGCAUUGUCGCCGAGUGUAAUGCAGUUAGACAGGCACUGCAGGAUCUCCUGAGUGAAUACAUGAACAACUUACAGCGCGCUCGGGGUGGGAAACGGAUGGGUGUCAAGGAACAAUCUGAGGGCCUAGAGAGAGCGAUAGAUCACAUGUGCAGGAAGACCCGCGAUCUUCGCAGACAGUUACGCAAAGCCGUAGUGGACCAUGUGUCGGAUAGCUUCCUGGAAACUAGCGCGCCGUUACAGGCUCUGUAUGAAGCGGCGGAGAAAGGCUGGGUCAAGGAAGUAGAGGAAUACGCUCUCAUUUUCACUGAACAUGCGAAUAAACUGGUAGAGGUCGCCAAUUUGGUGUGCAGCAUGUCGAACAACGAGGACGGCGUGAAGAUGGUUCGCUACGCCGCGGCACAGAUCGAAAACCUGUGUCCGCAGGUGAUCAACGCCGCGCGCGUCUGGGCCGCGCGAAACACGGAUGUUGCGAAGGAGAACAUGAAGGUGUUCCGCCAGGCUUGGGAGAAUCAGAUGCGCGUCUUAACGGAGGCCGUAGACGACAUCACUACCAUCGACGAUUUCCUGGCGGUCUCUGAGAACCAUAUCCUGGACGACGUCAACAAGUGCGUUCUGGCGUUGCAAGUGCGACCGGGCGAUGCCGAUACCCUGGACAGACACGCGGGUGCGAUACUCGGCCGCUCUGCCAGGGUGUGUAACGUCGUGCAAGCAGAGAUGGACAACUACGAGCCGUGUAUCUACACCAAGCGGGUCCUCGAGGCGGUGAAGGUCCUCAGAAAGCAGGUGAUGCCAAACUUUGAGCAACGCGUGGAGGAAGCUGUGAAUGCGCUGCGCAGCAACCCGGCGCAGGAAGUGGAUGAGAACGACUUCAUUGAUGCGUCCAGAUUGGUGUACGACGGAGUUCGCGAGAUCAGACGAGCUGUGCUUAUGAACAGGGCCGAUGAAGAUCUGGAUCCCGAGGAUGUGGAAUUGGAUGAGCAUUAUACACUGGAAACGCGUAGCAAGUCGAGCGCCCAGACCGGAGAGCACGGUGUGGACGAGUAUCCAGAAAUCAGUGGCAUCACGACCGCGCGUGAAGCGAUGCGAAAGAUGCCGGAGGAAGAUAAGCAGAAAAUCCUGCAGCAGGUCGAGUACUUCAGGAGCGAGAAACUCAAGUUCGAUAAGGAAGUGGCGAAGUGGGACGACGCCGGCAACGACAUCAUCGUCCUUGCUAAACAUAUGUGCAUGAUUAUGAUGGAGAUGACGGACUUCACUCGCGGCCGCGGUCCCUUGAAGACAACCAUGGACGUCAUAAACGCGGCGAAGAAGAUCUCGGAAGCUGGUACGAAAUUGGACAAGCUGACCAGGCAGAUCGCUGAUCAAUGCCCGGAGAGUUCGACGAAAAAGGACCUUCUGGCGUACUUGCAGCGCAUAGCGCUCUAUUGCCAUCAGAUGAACAUUACGAGUAAAGUGAAGGCGGACGUACAGAACAUCAGCGGCGAGCUGAUCGUCUCCGGCCUAGACAGCGCGACUUCUCUCAUACAGGCUGCCAAAAAUCUGAUGAACGCCGUCGUGCUAACCGUGAAAGCCUCCUACGUUGCAUCAACGAAAUAUCCACGACAAUCCACGGUAACGUAUUCUCCUAUCGUCAUAUGGAAGAUGAAAGCUCCAGAGAAGAAGCCGCUAGUGCGCCCCGAGAGACCCGAAGAAGUGAGAGCGAAAGUACGCAAAGGUUCGCAGAAGAAAGUGCAGAAUCCUAUACAUGCGCUCUCGGAGUUUCAGAGCCCUACUGAGAGUGUAUAAGCUCUCCAGAUGUAAGUAAACGAAUAUAAAAGUAAAACGUAUUAACAUGCAGCAUCACCUUUCAAGAAUUGUAAGGUAAAGAUGUUUUAUUUUCGAUGAUGUUUAAGAAUGCACAGAAUAUCAUCAAGCUAUCGAUACAUAACUUAAGUGCGUUAAUUAUUAGUUCUUAAUCGUGUACAAUAACCGUAAUACAAAUAGACACAAUACGAUGCCAACGCUGAAUAAUUCAGGAACUUCAGGAAGACGUCAAUAAUUAUAAGAAAGGCUGAUGUGCACGUAUAUCUUAAAUUCUAUAGGGGCACAAUUAAGACAGUGAUUUUGUUAUCACUGAUAUAUUCUGAUUCGUUUGAGAAUUCAUAUAAUAUAUGAUUUAUAUAUCCAGAAAUUUCUCCCCCCCCCCCCCCCCGGAUGAGAUUAGCGAUUUCUUCUGCUAUCACAUUUUUCUAGCUGUAAGAAGAAUAUAUGCGCUUUAUAUAUAACAAAUUGCUAAAGUCUUAAUACUUUGUUUACUAAUUUAUUUUUGACAAAAAUAUUAUCUAUAAUUAAUUUAUAUUAUUUUAUAUCAUUAUAUAUUAGACAAUUUUCUAUCUGUUUUACGUAUGUUUAUGUCGAUAAUAUCUAUUUGAACAUAAUAUAUUUAGUAUGUAAGAAACAUUGGAAAUUGGUUUCUUUAAUUUUAAAAUUAUUGUAUAAAUCUUUCUUUUUACGAAAAAUUUAACAUAUUUCCUAAUUGAGCUCAUGCAAAGUCAAUGAAAACUAAUCAUGGAUUGACAGUAUUGUAUCGAAAUAAAGAGACUGCAGAUUACAAUAUUUACUAUAUUAACUUGUAUAUAAGUAGUACGUAUAAUUAUACAGUUACGGGCGAAUGUUAUUUUUUAUUUCUGUAUUACAGUAAACAACUGAGCGGGAAAGAGUAUGUGAAGAAAACAAAUUUCAAUCCCUAGUAUGUAAUCCGUAUUGCAACGAUAAUAAUCUUUUAUUAACAGUUCUAUUACAAUAAUCAAAUAUAUCAAGAUUGACGUGACAUAUAUUAGAUAUACCAUACUUCAUACAAUAUUUGCAAUAUUAAUAAGAUUCCAACUUACUGAAAGGCCAAAAGAAAAAAAAAGAA